GGAACUAAUUACUGAAAUUCUGGCUGUGUGUGCAGACUCGUGUACGGUAAAACUUGGAUUGAAGAGACACAUCCCUUUCUCAGCUCAGUUCUCGUACAGAGUGGCAAUGAGAGGCAUCUUUAAGGAAAACUUCUGGAGUACGGACAUUACCAGUACCCUCGGCUAUGACACGCUCCUCCAGCACAUGAAUGAUGGGAGGAAGAACUGCAAAGAGUUCGAAGAGUUCUUAAAAGAAAGGGCGGCAAUAGAAGAGAGAUACGGAAAAGAUCUGGUUAAUUUAUGUAAGAAGAAGCCUUGUGGUCAGACUGAGAUACACACCCUUAAGAGGGCUCUAGAUGUCUUCAAACAGCAAAUCGACAAUAUCGCUCAGUGUCACAUCCAGCUGGCGGUGACUCUACGAGAAGAAGCCAAGAGAAUGGAGGAGUUCAGGGAGCGGCAGAGGGCAGAGCGCAAGAGGAUAGAAGCUGCCAUGGAUAGCAUUCACAAGCAGAGACAGCUACAGUACAAGAGGACUGUGGAGAGUAAGAAGACGUAUGAGCAGAGGUGUCGGGAGAAGGAGGAGGCAGAGGGGAACGUCUCCCGCUGCAACAAAAACAACAUGAAUCAAAAGCAACAGGACAAGAUUUAUGCAAAACUAGCGCACUCAAAAGUGAUGGCCGAAGACGCAGAUAAAACCUACCAGCAAAAUAUUAUUCAUCUGGAUAAAGUACGGGAAGACUGGCAGAAGGAGCACAUUACGGCUUGUAUGUUCUUUGAGAACCAGGAGUGGGACCGGAUAAACUAUUACAGGAAUGCGGCGUGGACGCACGUCAAUCAGCUGUCCCAGCAGUGUGUCACCACCGAUGGGAUGUGUGAAGAGGUGCGGAGAGUGCUGGAGUGCUGCAGCAUAGAGAAAGACAUAGAACAAUUUACAGAAGGCAACCGAACAGGAGAUAAACCCCCAGCCCCCAUUCCCUAUGAGAACUUCUAUAAUAACCAGAGGAGCACAACACCAGUGAUAAGGCGAGGCCCACUGCAGACUCCCAGCACAGCGUCAGAUGAUCACGCUUAUGCGUCGGUGGGCGAUUUCAACGUGUAUCAAUAGCAGAGGAGGUUACGCUUCUCUGAGGGAGGAUGAAGACCCUGGAGUUUUUAGGUUUAACACUUUAGCUAGUUAUUUAUAUUGAGGCUGUAGGACCUCCAAUAAAAAUGUGUGGACACGUCCUUCUCCUGGCUUGGACUGUAUAUGAAACAUGCUGUAUCUGUACAAGAGAUAAUGGACCACCUCCCCCACCAAGUUCUUCCCAGUAUGAAGGACAUUCAUUUCACUUUGUGUAAAGGCCUCCAUGUACAUUGUGUACAUAAAACCUAUAGAUCAGUGAUGUGCAAACAGAGGCCUGUCUGUAUGACCACCACCAACCAAGGACAGGACAAGCUAUGUUCUCCAGGCUCUUCAUCCCAUUCACUUGUAUAGGAUCAAUAUCAGAUCAGUGGUGAUCUGAUCCUCGGCUCCCCAACCGAUCUGAUAUUGAUGGCCUAUCUGAUCGAUACCCUGAUUGCAUAAAACCACUUUGACAACA